GGAGGGCUUUGCUCACUUCUCUGCCGCCAAGAGAGGCAAGGGGAGAGGGAGAAUAGUAACUUCACUGGCUGUACUGCAGGAAUCCGGAUAUGAUGAAAAUGUUUGAGACGUAACGAACUACCGCCGCUGAAUGUCGAAGGCGUCGCGAGGACGAUUUUUGAUUUUUUUGCUGUACGUCAACAACAUCAGGCUACAAAGCAGCUACAAAGUAGCACCGAGGCACACUGGCAGCUGAACUUACGGAAAAAAGUUGUUGGACGCUAAGUUACUCUUUCACCCAGUUUCUUUUUUUCUUCUUGGGAAAGAGUGGGAGGAAGGAAGGAUGGGAAUAAGUCAGAUUUGAAUCAAGGGAGUUGACAUGUUUGAAAGCGCUGAGGGCUGAGGAAAGGGAGGAACUGCUUCUUCUGCUGUGUGUGUCCCACAAAGACGACUGUCUGAUGUCCAAGGAGACUGUGCUUCCUCCGGAUGGGCCGGCAGGGCAAGGGAAGGGCCCUCAGCAAGAGACAAGUCCCCUAUUGUCAGCCACACAAGAUGCUUGUGACAGUGAAUCAUCAGGAAGAACACAGUUUCCGAGGAAACCAGCCACUGAAGGACAAAGUCACGUGACCAAGGAGAAGUCUAAUUAUUGCGAGCCUGUAAGAACUCAACCUCAGUCUGAGUCACAGCCAGUGCCCUCGGAGCCUGACGAGGGAGACGCCGCCAAGGACCAAAAUGGCAUUCGCCACAACAGCACUGGCACGCCCGUACUGAGUAACGGCAACGGAAUCCACCCUGGCAUCGGCGGGGCCGGGGCCACGUGCACAUGCUCCUGUGGUGCCAACAUCAGCACGGGCGCCAUGGGUGGGUCAGUCCCUGGCCUGAGAGCAGCGGCGACCGCGACGAUGACAGAGCAGCCCAAGAAGCAGCCUGUGUCACAAAGGAUGCAAAGGAAGUUGAGGUCCAGCCUGUCAGUCAACAGUGACAGCAGCCGGCGCAGCAAAGGCAGUUCCACUGGGUCGCAGAAACCUCCUUUACCGGAGGACUGCUGCGUCCACUGUAUCUUGGCCUGCCUGUUCUGCGAGUUCCUGACGCUUUGCAACAUGGUGGUGGCGCAGGCCUCGUGCGGCACAUGCACAUCCGAGGCCUGCUGCUGCUGUUGCUGCACCGAGGACGUGGGCGACGACUGCAACUCCCCCUGUGACAUGGACUGUGGCAUCAUGGACGCCUGCUGCGAGUCGUCAGAUUGCCUGGAAAUCUGUAUGGAGUGCUGCGGCAUCUGCUUCCCCACAUAGGGAAUCCGGUGCUGGUGUUUAGCAGGGUCUCUCUGCAGGGGAUAACUGGACCCUGGAUGGAAAACUAGAAAGAAACUGCUGCUGCUGUCACUUUGAAUUCAGCACCAGACAGGGGGAACAACAGUGUGUGUGUGUGUGUGUGUGUAUGUGUGUGUGAGUGAGUGUGUGUGUGUGAUGGUCAGCAUAUGUGUUUGUAGAUGUCUUUUUUUUUUAAAUGUGUCAUGACUGUUGAGUGUGAAGUAGUAUGGUGUGGUUGAGUAAAGCAUGCUUUGAAUGAUGUAUUUUGACACUGGGCUUCUCCAUCAAAACCAGCUCAGCAGGGGCUAGAAGUAAUUCCAGAUAAACUCGCAAUAUGAAUAUGUCAGUUAAAUCUUCAGUGCAUAGUAAGUUGUUGCUGUUGUUCUUUCCUUUGCGUAAAAAGUAUUAUCACAGACUGUCUUAAGAUUUUUGUUACAUCAGGAAUGCUGUCUAAUUGUAUCUUAUCUUGCCUUUUUUUCAUUUUUGAUGACUGAUAUGUCGCAUACACUAACAAAAAUGAUGAACAAAAUGAUUACAUUUGAACAAAAUGAUUACAUAUAGUCUGUUUUAGUUUUCAGUACUUGUGUUUUUUGUUGCUUAAAAACUGAGGUUACAAGCUUAGUACCGUACAACACUGUAAAAGGUUUAUGUGACAGCUCAUACAUUUCUUAGUUGCAUACUGUAGUUUUGCAACAUAGAUUUUCAUUCACACAUAUCUACUGUAGCACUGUAGAACAGUUGAAACUAGUGAAAUAUUAAAAGGGGAAUCAGGACAUAAGAAUAUUUGCUACUUUCUGAAACUGUUUUAGGGACAAAAUGUUUUUCUUUUUCUCUCUUUUAAGCAUUUUUGGAAUUUAAGUAGCAUAUAAUUACAGAAAAAAAACUGCACAAAAUUGCUGAUAAGCUUAUAUUUGUUUGCUAAAUCUUACUAAGUGCUGGAAUGUGUAUGAAAACUUUUUGACCAAAGAAUCUCAUCUCACAACUCCUGAUCUAACAGUAUUUGAAGCCUUGGGUUUACUGGAAAUACAGUGCAUACAUUCUAAUACACAAUGUUACAGUUUUCUGCAGUGUUAAGAUGUACAAUGUGUACAACCGUAUGUCUUUAUUUCAAUGAGAGUCCUCUUCUAAUGUCAGCCAUCAAUGAUUAGGCUUUGUCAGCUGCAUAUGGUACAAGUCUUUUCUGUGAUGCUAUUUUACAUACAUACUGUGUAAGUAUGACUUGUUGAACUGCACUCUGUUCAUGAGGGGUGUGAUAAGGAAUUAAAAAAUGGUGACCCUGGUUGCCAUAUAAGCGGCUUUCGGGUAUCAAGCCCAGUGACUCACAAUACAAAAAAGGGAAUCAUGAACUGUCAUGUUGAAAUGGUAAACUAAUGCAGGGUAAAGGCAGUUUUCUUCUCCUUUUUUUCCAGUUCCCUUAAUUCUGUGUAUCUCGAGAUGAGUUUGUGGUGAAUCACCAGUGGAGUCAUUUUCUUGUCUUGGAGAUCCGCUUUGAUGUUGUUUAAGUGAUGAUACUUAAUACUGGCCCUCAUUAGCACUGCUUGCUAAAUGGUAACAUAAAAUGUCCCUUCCUAACGCCAACAAAGAUAAUAUGCUGUCAUGUACAGCUCGUCUUAAUGGCGCACUGUUAUUGUGUAUAAGGAGGUUGGAUAGGCACCUCUGCAGCAGAUAAUGUGCAGAAAGUAAACCUCAUUUUCAUGUUUAUGAUUAACUCAAGCCACAAGUUUGUUACGGGCUAAAGAGUGUCAAGAAAACACUAUAUAGAUAAUGUGAAGAAUUUAUCUACAAGAAAAAGUGUAUACAUGUAGCUACAGUAGUUGUCCUUCUAUAUUAUACUGUUUUUUUUUUUUCCAGUUCUGUACCUUAAACUUGAUUCUUUUCAUUCUUGUCUCGAUGCAUCCUUUCUCGAGUUGGAAUCCAUAGCUCAUUUUAUUAGUUUUGUACUUUAUCUGCGAUCUCAAUGAGAACAUUUUCUAAAAUAAAAUAAAAAAUAUUAAAGUAA